UUGUAAUAUAAUUUUUAUUUCUUUCAUAUUCCCAAAGCAACUUCCAUGUUAAAAGGAGAGACCGAUAAGAAAAAGCAAUAUAAGUCAAAGUUCAUCCUAAAAAACCUACUUGACGUGUACAAAAUCCUGACAUCGCACCAAGAAGAGCACAGAGUUUAUACAGAGAAGGUAAACACAGAGCGGAUUUAGGACUUCUAAGGGGAAAUUAGGGAUUAGGAUGGCUCUAUGAGCUUGGGAAGUGCUCGUAUAAGGGCUAAGUUGUUAGGACUGGGAAUAACCUACUUGGGCUUGGUGUGACUGGUCUCAUAAUUUCAUAUUUGGCAUAUACUGGGGAUUCAAUCGUUAGAUUAUGUUAAAGUUAAUAAAGCGUAAAUAAACAAGAAGAAUAUGAGGCUAUGAGUGAAAAUGAGAAAAUGCUGAUUAAUAAGGAAGAAGAGCCCCAAGAAGAACUCAUUGAGCCAAAGCUUGAUAAGGAGCAGGUCAAUAUCAUUAGAUCUGUCAUCAGAGGUGUCCAGGAGUUUUCUGAGCUAUCUAAUUUUGCUAGAAUUGAUAUUGCUCAUAAAAUAAAAGCUAGGAAGUGUAAGAGAAAUGAAAUUAUUAUUGAUAAAUAACAAGCCUGAAACUGCAAACUGCUAUGUCUUACUAGAAGGAACUAUCAAGCUUUUCGGCACAACAAAGAAGCUUAAAGAGUACCUUGAAGAGAGCAAGAUCGGGCUUGAAGAUGUUCAUGAGUCUCAGAAAGAUAAUGAUCCUGAAACAUCCCCAAAUCCAUUGAGAAUAUCAAGCAAUGCUUUAAAUGCUGAACAAGUGAUGAGGUUAAAUUCAGCCUCUUCUCUUUCCGAAAAGAAAAAUAAUGAUGAAAUCAAAGAAGAUAUUGAUCAGAAUUUUGAUACAAAAGACAGCAAAGAUGAGAACAAAGAGGAUAUUUUUAACAACUACACCAAACAAUAUGUAGAACCAGGAGAAUGUUUUGGAGACUUCUCUCAUAUCUACGAAAGAAAGUACGCACCUUGCUACGCCAUUGUCGAGUCACAGAAAGCAAAGAUUCUCCAAUUUAAUCAAGUAGAUGUCAAUAACCUUGUAAAGAAAUUAGCAAGCUCUGCUAAGUUUGAAGGGCUCAUACAGUUCAUCACUAGUGUGAUUCCCUCAUUUGCAAAAAUGAGUGCCCUCGCUAGAGACAGAAUGGGAAGAUGCUUCCGAGAAAGACAUUUCCUCCCCGGGAUGAGACUUGUUGAAGAAGGCCAGAGGUGCAAUAAGAUGCAUCUUAUAAUGAAAGGCGAUGUCCUACUUCAAUCCACUAAAAGUCCACUCGAGAUUGAAGUAAACCCUAAAGGGCAUUUCGAGUUCAGAGAAGAGAACAAACUUAUGACUAAGAAAGGGUAUAUUUCAGAUACAUUAAAUUCCUUCCAAAUUGGGAUCAAGUUCUCGAAACAAUGGAUUGGAGAAGAAUGUCUUAUCCUUGACCAAGGAAACUAUCUCUAUAGUGCAGUUGCGAAGAACAAUGUAUCAACAUUAGAGAUCAGUGAUCAUGAUUUCAAAGUCAAGUUCCCACGGGAUUACAUUUCUAAGCUAACCUCAGCUUCAAGAGUGAGGUAUGAGUAUCUCAUUGACAGAAUGAAAUGUAUCACAAAGUCCUCCAAACAAAUCUAUGAAUGUGUUGAGAAGCAAGGUCUUUAUAAUGAAGUGUACAGAAAUACUAAAGAAAAGCAUCCAAAUGCAUCCAAAAAUGUCUUGAUAAGCAUUGGAAAUUAUAACCUCAAUAAUAUUGACAACCUCGUGCCUUCAAGUUUGCAUCAGCAGAGCUUAAAGAUACUUGACAACAGCUCUCCUCAAAAAGAGGGUGAGAUGAAAGAUAAAGCCUUCAAGGCAUUCAGAGAAGAAAUUUCGAAGUUGCAUAAAUAGCUCUAGGUCCAGGUCCAAAACAAAGACCAGUCUAGAUACUCAUGAAGAGUCAUACAAGCCAAUCAGUAAAUACAGCACGAAGAAAGGAGCCACCAUCCUUGAAAGCUCUCCUGACAAAUCUGUUGAGAGGAUGCUGAAAGGCGUGGGAGUCAGAACCCAAAAACCAGAGUUCAGGAUUCAUUCAACUAAAGAAAAGACUCGGGAAGCGAUCAUUCCUCCUUAUAAAUCCAGGAAUUACAGAAAUAUUGAGCCAAAGUACCAGCUAUCUGCUGGCGCUUUGAGGACUUUUGAGCAUUUAAAGAGCCGUAACCUGAGGUCUACCAGUUCACAAGAGCAGAAAAUAAAUAUACAGCUUGGAGCCUACAAUAAUGAGAACUCUUUGUUCACGAAUAACAACAUUACAAUGAAUAUGCACAACAGAGGUGGACAUAGCACAGAAAGCUUAAAUCUUGAAGAAAGGCCAUAUAUCAGCAAGCUAAAUGCUUCCUCAUAUCUUAACGGGCAACUAGCAGAUGAGCAGAUGUAUACCAGAAUAACACAGGUGGUCUCUAGCAAACGCUUCUCAAAAUCUCCUAAAAGAAGACUCCUUCUGAAAGGAUUUGAUAGGAAAUAAAAAUUAUUGAAGUAAGGUACUAUUACCAAUCCUGAAGAAGAGAAACACUUCUGAUAUAAAGCAAGAACGCUUUGAGAAGAUCAGCCAGAGGAUCAGGUCAGUGGUUCAUAGCCAACCUAGAAGUAAAACCACCACACCCAUAGAGACGAAGUUGAAGACACAGUUCAAAAUAGGAAAUCGGAUCAUUAAAAUUUUAGGCCCCAAGGUGAGAAGGUCAAUUGGAGUUACGAAAUAA